AUGUCCCAGGAGUGGGAUGGGCCCUCUGGAAAUUCAUCCACCCCCACCGCCACGCCCAGCCGCCUGGGACGCUCUUCUGUCAGUCCCACCAUGAUGCUGGGGAGCGGGGGCACAGGUGAGGGCAUCAGCCUGGAGUUACAAAAAAUAUACACAACCAGUCAAAAGUUUGGACACACCUACUCAUUCAAGGGUUUUUCUUUAUUUUUACUAUUUUCUAUAUUGUAGAAUAAUAGUAAAGACAUCAAAACUAUCAAAUAACACAUAUGGAAUCAUAUAGUUACCAAAAAAGUGUUAAACAAAUCAAAUAUAUUUUAUAUUUGAGAUUCUUCAAAUAUCCACCCUUUGCCUUGAUGACAGCUUUGCACACUCUUGGCAUUCUCUCAACCAGCUUCAUGAGGUAGUGACCUGGAAUGCAUUUCAGUUAACAGGUGUGCCUUCUUAAAAGUUAAUUUGUGGAAUUUCAUUCCUUCUUAAUGCAUUUUAGCCAAUCAGUUGUGUUGUGACAAGGUAGGAGGGGUACACAGAGGAUAUCCCUAUUUGGUAAAAUACCAUAUUAUGACAAGAACUCCUUCAAGACUGUUGGAAAAGUAUCCCAGGUGAAGUUGGUUGAGAGAAUGGCAAGAGUGUGCAAAGCUGUCAAGGCAAAGGGUGGCUAUUUGAAGAAUCUCUAAUAUAAAAUAUAUUUGAUUUGUUUAACACUUUUUUGGUUACUACAUGAUCCAUAUGUGCUAUUUCAUAGUUUUGAUGUCUUCACUAUUAUUCUACAAUGUAGAAAAUAGUCAAAAUAAAGAAAAACCCUUGAAUGAGUUGGUGUGUCCAAACUUUUGACUGGUACUGUAUAUAUACAUAAAUUAAUGUAAAAGAGAUUAUGUUUCCAUAAUUGAUUGGUUUUGAAUGAAUACGUUUUAAAUGGAAAUAGUUCAAUAUUAUUUGGCUUCCAAUGUUGGAGCCUACUAUAGUGUUUGAUUGGUAAGAGCUAAUAAUUUAGAAGACACGUAAUUUAGAAUGUGUCUACAAAAUGUAUUGGCAUGACAGCUGAUAAUUAUAUGUAGGCUAUAUGGAUGCACGUCUUUUUAAACAGAAAAAAUGCAUUAUGUCAAAGUAGGCUAAAUUAUUCAGAUAUGGUGAAAGACAUGAAUGUUGUAUCAUCAAAUUAUAAUGUGUACAGAAUGUGACUCAUAGUCCUUGAAAAAUUAAGAUUGAUAUCUUCUAGAAUUUACUCCUGAGUUGGUUCAUGCAACUUGUGUGACCAUUAGCUAUUUCUGACAUUCAGUGCAACUGCGAUUAAGGUAAUAAAACACAGGUGCUGAGGACAGAGCAGUCAAGGUUAGCUAACCAAUAGAAUUGGGUUGAAUUAUUUGGGUUUUAACUCCUUUUAAAGGCUAAAGCAAAGCUAACUAAGGACAGGGCAAAUGUGCCUAUAGGUCCUGACAACACUAUGGGUCCUUACAACACUGACAGUGAGGGAAAAAAGUAUUUGAUCCCCUGCUGAUUUUGUACGUUUGCCCACUGACAAAGAAAUCAUCAGUCUAUAAUUUUAAUGGUAGGUUUAUUUGAACAGUGAGAGACAGAAUAACAACAAAAAAAUCCAGAAAAAUGCAUGUUAUAAAUUGAUUUGCAUUUUAAUGAGGGAAAUAAGUAUUUGACCCCUCUGCAAAACAUUACUUAGUACUUGGUGGCAAAACCCUUGUUGGCAAUCACAGAGGUCAGACGUUUCUUGUAGUUGGCCACCAGGUUUGGACACAUCUCAUGAGGGAUUUUGUCCCACUGUUCUUUGCAGAUCUUCUCCAAGCCAUUAAGGUUUCGAGGCUGACGUUUGGCAACUCGAACCUUCAGCUCCCUCCACAGAUUUUCUAUGGGAUUAAGGUCUGGAGAUUGGCUAGGCCACUCCAGGACCUUAAUGUGCUUCUUCUUGAGCCACUCCUUUGUUUCCUUGGCCUUGUGUUUUGGGUCAUUGUCAUGCAGGAAUACCCAUCCACAACCCAUUUUCAAUGCCCUGGCUGAGGGAAGGAGGUUCUCACCCAAGAUUUGACGGUGCAUGGCUCCGUCCAUCGUCCCUUUGAUGCUGUGAAGUUGUCCUGUCCCCUUAGCAGAAAAACACCCCCAAAGCAUAAUGUUUCCACCUCCAUGUUUGACGGUGGGGAUGGUGUUCUUGGGGUCAUAGGCAGCAUUCCUCAUCCUCCAAACACAGCGAGUUGAGUUGAUGCCAAAGAGCUCCAUUUUGGUCUCAUCUGACCACAACACUUUCACCCAGUUCUCCUCUGAAUCAAUCAGAUGUUCAUUGGCAAACUUCAGACGGGCAUGUAUAUGUGCUUUCUUGAGCAGGGGGACCUUGCGGGCGCUGCAGGAUUUCAGUCCUUCACGGCGUAGUGUGUUACCAAUUGUUUUCUUGGUGACUAUGGUCCCAGCUGCCUUGAGAUCAUUGACAAGAUCCUCCCGUGUAGUUCUGGGCUGAUACCUCACCGUUCUCAUGAUAAUUGCAACUCCACGAGGUGAGAUCUUGCAUGGAGCCCCAAGCCGAGGGAGCCUUGUGUAGGUCUACAAUCUUGUCCCUGACAUCCUUUGAGAGCUCAUUGGUAUUGGCCAUGGUGGAGAGUUUGGAAUCUGAUUGAUUGAUUGCUUCUGUGGACAGGUGUCUUUUAUACAGGUAACAAGCUGAGAUUAGGAGCACUCCUUUUAAGAGUGUGCUCCUAAUCUCAGCUUGUUACCUGUAUAAAAGACACCUGGGAGCCAGAAAUCUUUCUGAUUGAGAGGGGGUCAAACACAUAUUUCCCUCAUUAAAAGGCAAAUCAAUUUAUAACAUUUUUGACAUGUGUUUUUCUUGAUUUUUUUGUUGUUACUCUGUCUCUCACUGUUCAAAUAAACCUACCAUUAAAAUUAUAGACUGAUCAUGUCUUUGUCAGUGGGCAAACGUACAAAAUCAGCAGGGGAUCAAAUAAUUUUUUCCCUCACUGUAGGUCCUCACAACAUCCCUCGUAACAAUGUACUGUACAUCUGACUUCUGACUGAGCAUGUCUCCUUAUAGAAUCCAAAACGGUGUGUAAACUGGGCCGGUCAGCCUCUACAUUGGGGGUUCCUUCCCCGGGCGGGACGCCCCAGCACCAGGCUUCCGAGCCCCCACCGGGCUAUAGUCAGGUACCGCCGCAUGCCACCACAGAAUAAGAGAGCGAGCUAGAAAGAAAGAGCGUGUGAGCUCGUGUUGGGCCCCUAUCCCCGCAUCUCUAUGUUCACCUGUGUGUCGGAAGUCUGACCCCAUCCCCAAAUCGUCUGUUCCUCACCCCGUCCUCCAUCACCUGGUUCCCCACUCUGUAGCUGGUCCCUUGUUUUGUCUCAUUCUGUAUUGCAUUUAUGCAAAGGCACUUUACUCAUUUGUGUUUUGUGUUUGUGGAGACAUCUUCCUUCAUCCUGUGGUAUUUCAAGUUGAUGGGUAAUACUCAUAUAUACAGACAUCAAACCUCAGUGAUAUAAUAAUCUGUUUCCAUCUCAGGACAAGGAGCCAGGGAAAUCUUUCUCCCUCCCUCCUCCUUUUACUUUUAACACUAUACUUACCUGGCCCUACUUCAUUUAGCUGGCUCUUAUUUACUUCAGCAAAGCCCUUCCCUUUGUACACUAACUGAAACUUCCAAUUUACUGGAACUGUACCACUGUACUUUGACCUUACCUCCAACUGUGCCUUUAGCUGGCCAUUAACCUGGACUUUGAUCUGGUCCAUAAUUGACACCUUCCAUUGCCCCUUUUCUUUUACGUCUAUGACCAUCUAUGCGAUAACCUGACCCUUUAAUCUAUACCUGGCAUUUUAACUGUUCCAACCGCCAACAGGCCUUUGACCUACCUGGCCUUUUAACUAUUCUGUCUUUUACUGUGCUUUUACCUGCUUUUCUCCCCGGCACCACUGUCAUUUCCCAAACCCCUAGCAGAUAUGCAGUUUCUACUCUUCCCUUCUAAAAAUGACCAAACAUGACAAAUUGCAUUUGGAAAGUAUUCACACCCCUUUAUUUUUUCCACAUUUUGCUCCGUUACAGCCAUAUUCUAAAAUUGAUUACAUAAUUUUUUCCCCUCAUCAAUCUACACACAAUACCCCAUAAUGACAACACAUUUUUUGCAAAUUUAUUAAAUUACAAAACUGAAAUACCUUAUUUACAUAAGUAUUCAGACCCUUUGCUAUGAGACUCGAAAUUGAGUUCAGGUGCAUCCUGUUUCCAUUGAUCAUCCUUCAGAUGUUUCUACAACUUGAUUGGAGUCCACCUGUGGCAAAUUCAAUUGGUUGGACAUGAUUUGGAAAGGCAAACACCUGACUAUAUAAGGUCCCAGAGUUAACAGUGCAUGUCAGAGGAAAAACCAAACCAUGAGGUCGAAGGAAUUGUCUGUAGAACUCCGAGACAGGAUUGUGUGGAGGCUCACAUCUGGGGAAGGGUACCAAAAAUGUCUGCAGCAUUGUAGGUCCCCAAGAAUAGAGUGGCCUCCAUCAUCCUAAAAUGGAAGAAGUUUGGAACCACCAAGACCCUUCCUAGAGCUGGCCGUCCGGCCAAACUGAGCAAUCGGGGGGGAAGGGCCUUGGUCAGGGAGGUGACCAAGAACCUGAUGGUCACUCUGACAGAGCUCCAAAGUUCCUUUGUGGAGAUGGGAGAACCUUCCAGAAGGACAACCAUCUCUGCUGCACUCCACCAAUCAGGCCUUUCUGGCAGAGUGGCCAGAUGGAAGCAAUUCAUCAGUAAAAGGCACAUGACAGCCCGCUUGGAGUUUGCCAAAAGGCACCUAAAGACUCUCAGACCAUGAGAAACAAGAUUCUCUGGUCUGAUGAAAUCAAGAUGGAACUCUUUGGCCUGAAUGCCAAGCGUCACGUCUGGAGGAAACUUGGUACCAUCCUUACGGUGAAGCAUGGUGGUGGCAGCAUCAUGCUGUGGGGAUGUUUUCAGCGGCAGGGACUGGGAGACUAGUCAGGAUUGAGGGAAAGAUGAACGGAGCAAAGUACAGAGAGAUCCUUGAUGAAAACCUGCUCCAGAGCGCUCAGGACCUCAGACUGGGGUGAAGGUUCACCUUCCAACAGGACAAAUACCCUCAGCACACAGCCAAGACAAUGCAGGAGUGGCUUCGGGACAAGUCUCUGAAUGUCCUUGAGUGGCCCAGCCAGAGCCCGGACAUGAACCCGAUCCAACAUCUCUGAAAAUAGCUGUGCAACCUGACAGAAGGAUAUGCGGAGAAGAAUGGGAGAAACUCCCCAAAUACAGGUGUGCCAAGCUUGUAGCGUCAUACCCAAGAAGACUCGAGGCUGUAAUCGCUGCCAAAGGUGCUUGAACAAAGUACUGAGUAAAGGAUCUGAAUACUCAUGUAAAUGUGAUAUUAACGGGGGGGUUCUAAAAACGGGGGGGGGGGGGGGGUUCUAAAAACCUGUUUUUGCUUUGUCAUUAUGGGAUAUUGUGUUGAUGAGGGCGAAAAAACUAUUUCAUCAAUUUUAGAAUAAGGCUGUAACAUAACAAAAUGUGGAAAAAGUCAAGGGGUCUGAAUAUUUUCUCAAUUUUUGCAUAUUUUUUAUACUGAAUGUUAUCAGCUCUUCUACUAAAAUAUAUUUAUUUUAUUUAUUGAAUUAACAAAGUUAUGCAACAACCAAUUCCCCUGUGUAAAAAAAGUAAUUGCCCCCUUACACUCAAUGACUGCAACCAAAUGCUUCCUGUAGUUGUUGAUCAGUGUCUCACAUCGCUAUGGAGGAAUUUUGGCCCACUCUUGCAAACAGAACUGCUAUUAACUCAGCAACAUUUGUUGGUUUUCAAGCAUCAACUGCUCGUUUCAUGUCCUGCCACAACAUCUCAAUUGGGAUUAGGUCUGGACUUUGACUAGGCCAUUCCAACAUUUCAAAUGUGUUGCUUUGUAACCAUUUGUCUUGUCUUGCUGCAUGACCCAGCUUCGCUUCAGCUUAAGCUCACAGACGGAUAGCCUGAUAUUCUCCUGUAGAAUUCUCUGAUACAGAGCAGAAUUCAUGAUUCCUUCAAUUAAGGCAAGUCGUCCAGUUCCUGAGGCAGCAAAGCAUCCCCAAACCAUCACACUACCACCACCAUGCUUGACCGUUGGUAUGAGGUUCUUGCUGUGGAAUACAGUGUUUGGUUUUCGCCAGACAUAAUGGAACCCAUCUCGUCCAAAAAGUUGGCUGAAGUUUGACAAAAAGCACCUGGAAGCACCUGGAUGAUCAUCAAGACUCUUGGAAGAAUGUUCUAUGGACAGAUGAGUCAAAAGUAUAACUUUUCUGAUGAAAGUCCAGACCUAAUCCCAAUGGAGAUGUUGUGGCAGGACUUGAAACAAGCAGUUCAUGCUUGAAAACCCACAAAUGGCGCUGAGUUAAAGCAGUUCUGCAUGGAAGAGUGGGCCAAAACUCCUCAACAGUGACAUGAGAGACACUGAUCAACAACUACAGGAAGUGUUUGGUUGGAGUCAUUGCAGCUAAAGGUGGCACAACCAGUUAUUUAGUGUAAGGGGGCCUUUUACUUUUUCACACAGGGGAAUUGGGUGUUGCAUAACUAUGUUUAUGAAAUAAAUGAAAUAAGUAUGUAAUUAUUGUUUUAUUUGUUCCCUCAGGUUACCUUUACCUAAUAUUAGGUUUUGGUUGAAGAUCUGAUAACAUUCAGUAUAAAAAAUAUGCAAAAAUAAAGAAAAUCAGAAAGGGGGCAAAUACUUUUUCACGGCACUGGAUGUAUACAGUUGAGGUCGGAAGUUUACAUACACUUAGGUUGGAGUCAUUAAAACUAGUUUUUCAACCACUCCACACAUUUCUUGUUAACAAACUAUAGUUUUGGCAAGUCGGUUAGGACAUCUACUUUGUGCAUGACAUAAGUCAUUUUUCCAACAAUUGUUUGUUUACAGACAGAUUAUUUAACUUAUAAUUCACUGUAUCACAAUUCCAGUGGGUCAGAAGUUUAGAUACGCUAAGUUGACUGUGCCUUUAAACUGCUUGGAAAUUUUCAGAAAAUGAUGUCAUGGCUUUAGAAGCUUCUGAUAGGCUAAUUGACAUCAUUUGAGUCAAUUGGAUGUGUACCUCUGGAUGUAUUUCAAGGCCUACCUUGAUAUCAUGGGAAAAUCAAAAGAAAUCAGCCAAGACCUCAGAAACAAAAUGGUAGACCUCCACAAGUCUGGUUCAUCCUUGGGAGCAAUUUCCAAACUUCUGAAGGUACCACGUUAAUCUGUACAAACAAUAGUACGCAAGUAUAAACACCAUGGGACCACGCAGCCGUCAUACUGCUCAGGAAGGAGACACGUUAUGUCUCCUAGAGAUGAACAUACUUUGGUGUGAAAAGUACAAAUCAAUCCCAGAACAACAGCAAAGGACCUUGUGAAGAUGCUGGAGGAAACAGGUACAAAAGUAUCUAUAUCCACAGUAUAACGUGUCCUAUAUCGACAUAACCUGAAAGGCCGCUCAGCAAGGAAGACAUCACUGCUCCAAAACCGCCAUAGAAAAGCCAGACUACGGUUUGCAACUGCACAUGGGGACAAAGAUCGUACUUUUUGGAGAAAUGUCCUCUGGUCUGAUGAAACAAAAAUAGAACUGUUUGGCCAUAAUGACCAUCGUUAUGUUUGAAGGAAAAAGGGGAAGUCUUGCAAGGCAAAGAACACCAUCCCAACCGUGAAGUUGGCCGCCAUUCCUUCCAGUUCUCUGCUGCCAAUGACUGGAACAAACUGCAAAAAUCUCUGAAGCUGGAGACUCUUAUCUCCCUCACUAACUUUAAGCAUUAGUUGUCAGAGCAGCUUACCGAUCACUGCACCUGUUCACAGCCCAUCUGUAAUUAGCCCACCCAACUACCUCAUCCCCAUUUUGUUAUUUAUUUUGCUAAUUUGCACCCCAGUAUCUCUAUUUGCACAUCAUCUUCUGCACAUCUGUCAUUCCAGUGUUAAUGACUGUACGUUGUGUUUAUCCCAUAUGUAACUCUGUGUUGUUGUUUUUAUCGCAUUGCUUUGCUUUAUCUUGGCCAGGUCGCAGUUGUAAAAGAGAACUUGUUCUCAACUGGCUUACCUGGUUAAAUAAAGGUGAAAUAUAUAUUUGGUUUUUUUAAGUACAGGGGUGGCAGCAUCAUGCUCUGGGGGUGCUUUGCUGCAGGAGGAACUGGUGCACUUCACAAAAUAGAUGGCAUCAUGAGGAAGGAAAAUUAUGUGGAUAUAUUGACGCAACAUCUCAAGACAUCAGUCAGGAAGUUAAAGCUUGGUCGCAAAUGGGUCUUCCAAAUGGACAAUGACCCCAAGCAUACUUCCAAAGUUGUGGCAAAAUGGCUUAAGGACAACAAAGUCAAGGUAUUGGAGUGGCCAUCACAAAGCCCUGACCUCAAUCCUAUAGAAAAUUUGUGGGCAGAACUGAAAAAGCGUGUGCGAGCAAGGAGGCCUACAAACCUGACUCAGUUACACCAGCUCUGUCAGGAGGAAUGGGCCAAAAUUCACCCAACUUAUUGUGGUAAGCUUGUGGAAGGCUACCCAAAACGUUUGUACCAAGUUAAACAAUUUAACGGCAAUGCUAUCAAAUACUAAUUGAGUGUAUGUAAACUUCUGACCCACUGGGAUUGUGAUGAAAGAAAUAAAAGCUGAAAUAAAUAAUUCUCACUACUAUUAUUCUGACAUUUCACAUUCUUAAAAUAAAGUGGUGAUCCUAACUGACCUAAAACAGGGAAUUUUUACUAGGAUUAAAUGACAGGAAUUGUGAAAAAUGGAGUUUAAAUGUAUUUGGCUAAGGUGUAUGUAAACUUCUGACUUCAACUGUAUGUUGAAUGUUUAUUGAGAGCAGUUUAUGUUUGUGUAUGCUGUUGCUUAUGGAACAAGUUUUUACUUUUCUUAUAUAUCUCUUAAUGAGUGAUCAACCAUUAUUGAACAUUGAUGUAUACAUACGUAUCUCUCUACAACUGGGGAGGCAGCAUAUGACACUUCAGAAGUGACAGGCUACACACAGCUCACACACCACACACACACACACACACACACACACACACAUACACAAAAUGACAGGUCACUCAACUAUUUAAACGAAUCAGAACUAAGCUACCCAGACCUCUUCAUUCUCACUCCCCAGUUCUUAGAAAAAGUAGUCUAACUAAAAACAGUAGGCCUAUCCUACUCAAAGUCAUCCAAUCAGAACAGAAGCCAAGAAAAUAAAACCUUGUCAAAUCCUUCUGUCAUUCCUCCCUUUCUGUGGCUUUUUUUGUGUCUGUGUCCUUGUCUAUCUAUUGUGAGAAUUCUGAAAAAGCAUUUGUUGGUAUGUGUGUCUCUCUGGGUAUGUUUGUUAAUUUGUGUGUUUGUGUGUAUGCACAUGCAGUGGGCCAUGCUUCACAAUUAGAUAAGUCUGCUUAAACUUGCUGUCUGAAAAAUUUGAUAUUUGAUUACCGUAAAGUCUACACUUGAAUUUAGUGUUACAGUGCAUUCGUAAAGUAUUCAGACCCCUUGACUUUUUCCACAUUUUGUUACGUUACAGCCUUAUUUUAAAAUUGAUUAAAUCGUUUUUUUCCCUCGUCAAUCUACACAAUACCCGAUAAUGACAAAGCAAAAACUGGUUUUUAGAAAUGUUUGCAAAUUUAUAAAAAAAAUAAGAAAACGGAAAUAUAACAUUUACAUAAGUAUUCAGACGCUUUACUCAGUACUUUGUUGAAGCACCUUUGGCAGCUAUUACAGCCUAGAGUCAUUUUGGGUAUGACGCUACAAGCUUGGCACACCUGUAUUUGGGGAGUUUCGCCCAUUCUUCUCUGCAGAUCAUCUCAAGCUCUGUCAGGUUGGAUGGGGAGCGUCGCUGCACAGCUAUUUUCAGGUCUCUCCAGAGAUAUUUGAUCAGGUUCAAGUCCGGGCUCUGGCUGGACCACUCAAGGACGUUCAGAGCUUGUCCCGAAGCCACUCCUGCGUUGUCUUGGCUGUGUGUUUAGGGUCGUUGUUCUAAUUGAAGGUGAAUCUUUGCCCCAGUUUGAGGUCCUGAGCGCUCUGGAGAUGGUUUUCAUCAAGGAUCUCUCUGUACUUUGCUCCGUUAAUCUUUCCCUUGAUCCUGACUAGUCUCCCAGUCCCUGCCGCUGAAAAACAUCCCUACAGCAUGAUGCUGCCACCACCAUGCUUCACCGUACGGAUGGUGCCAGGUUUCCGCCAGACGUGACGCUUGGCAUUCAGGCCAAAGAGUUCAAUCUUGGUUUCAUCAGACCAGAGAAUAUUAAUAAUAAUAAUAUGCCAUUUAGCAGACGCUUUAAUCCAAAGAGACUUACAGUCAUGCGUGCAUACAUUUUUUGUGUAUGGGUGGUCCCGGGGAUCGAACCCACUACCAGCUGUGCUCAUGGUCUCAUGGUCUCAUGGUCUGAGUCCUUUAGGUGCCUUUUGGCAAACUCCAAGCGGGCUGUCAUGUGCUUUUUACUCAGGAGUGGCUUCAGUCUGGCCACUCUACCAUAAAGGCAUGAUUGAUGGAGUGCUGCAGAGAUGGUUGUCCUUCUGGAAGGUUCUCCCAUCUCCAUCUAGGAAUUGUGGAGCUCUCUCAGAGUGACUAUCGGGUUCUUGGUCACCUCCCUGAUCAAGGCCCUUCUCCCCCAAUUGCUCAGUUUGGACCGGCGGCCAGCUCUAGGAAGAGUCUUGGUGGUUCCAAACUUAUUCCAUUUAAGAAUGAUGGAGGCCACUGUGUUCUUGGAGACCUGCAAUGCUGUAGACAUGUUUUGGUACCCUUCUACAGAUCUGUGCCGCGACACAACCGUGUGUCAGAGCUCUCUGACAACUCCUUCGACCUCAUGGUUUGGUUUUUCCUCUGACAUACACUGUCAACUGUGGGACCUAAUAUAGACAGGUGUUUGCCUUUCCAAAUCAUGUCCAACCAAUUGAAUUUACCACAGGAAACAGGAUGCACCUGAGCUCAGUUUCGAAUUUAACAGCAAAGGGUCUGAAUACUUAUGUAAAUAAGGUAUUUCUGUUUUUUCUUUUUCUUUAUGGGUAUUGAUGAGGAAAAUUGUUUAUUUGAUCCAUUUUAGAAUAAGGCUGUAACGUAACAAAAUGUGUAAAAGGUCAAGGGGUCUGAAUACUUUCCGAACGCACUGUAUAUAAAACCUUGGUCAAUGAUGACACUGUGUUUUACUGUUCAUGAAAAGUUAUACAGUCGUGGUCAAAAGUUUUGGUCUUCACAAAGUUUGCUGCUUCAGUGUUAUGAUAUAUUUUUGUCAGAUGUUACUAUGGUAUACUGAAGUAUAAUUACAAGCAUUCCAUAAGUGUCAAAGGCUUUUAUUGACAAUUACAUUAAGUUUAUGCAAAGAGUCAAUAUUUGCAGUGUUGACCCUUCUUUUUCAAGACCUCUGCAAUCCGCACUGGCAUGCUGUCAGUUAACUUCUGGGCCACAUCCUGACUGAUGGCAGCCCAUUCUUGCAUAAUCAAUGCUUGGAGUUUGUCAGAAUUUGUGGGUUUUUGUUUGUCCACCCGCCUUUUGAGGAUUGACCACAAGUUCUCAAUGGGAUUAAGGUCUGGGGAGUUUCCUGGCCAUGGACCCAAAAUGUCGAUGUUUUGUUCCCCGAGCCACUUAGUAAUUAUUAUAAUUUUUUAUCAUUUUGCAGACGCUCUUAUCCAGAGCGACUUACAGUUAGUGAGUGCAUAAAUUUUUCAUACUGGCCCCCCAUGGGAAUCGAACCCACAACCCUGGCGUUGCAAGCGCCAUGCUCUACCAACUGAGCUACAGGAGGUGCUCCAUUACAUUUACAUUUAAGUAAUUUAGCAGACGCUCUUAUCCACAGCGACUUACAAAUUGGUGCAUUCAACUUAUGAUAGCCAGUGGGACAACCACACUUUUUUUUAUUUAUGGGGGGGUGGGGGAGGGGGGGGGGGGGGGGGGUAGAAGGAUUACUGUUAUACUAUUCCAGGUAUUCCUUAAAGAGGUAGGGUUUGAAGUGUCUCCGGAAGGUGGUCAGUGACUCUGCUGUCCUGGCGUCGUGGGGGAGCUUGUUCCACCAUUGGGGUGCCAGAGCAGCGAAUAUCUUUGACUGGGCUGAGCGGGAACUGUGCUUCCGUAGAGGUAGGGGGGCUAGCAGGCCAGAGGUGGAUGAACAUAGUGCCCUCGUUUGGGUGUAGGGUCUGAUCAGAUCCUGAAGGUAAGGAGGUGCCGUUCCCCUCACAGCUCGGCAGGCAAGCACCAUGGUUUUGUAGUAGAUGCGAGCUUCAACUGGAAGCCAGUGUAGUGUGCAGAGGAGCGGGGUGACAUGAGAGAACUUGGGAAGGUUGAACACCAGACGGGCUGCGGCAUUCUGGAUGAGUUGUAGGGGUUUAAUGGCACAGGCAGGGAGCCCAGCCAACAGCGAGUUGCAGUAAUCCAGACAGGAGAUGACAAGUGCCUGGAUUAGGACCUGUGCCGCUUUCUGUGUAAGGUAGGGUCCUACUCUGCGAAUGUUGUAGAACAUGAACCUGCAGGAUCGGGUCACCGCUUUGAUGUUAGCGGAGAACGACAGGGUGUUGACCAGGGUCACGCCAAGGUUCCUUGCACAUUGGGAGGAGGACACAAUGGAGUUGUAAACCGUGAUGGCGAGAUCAUGGAGCGGGCAGUCCUUCCCCGGAAGGAAGAGCAGCUCCGUCUUGUCGAGGUUCAGCUUGAGGUGGUGAUCCGACAUCCACACUGAUAUGUCCGCCAUACAUGCAGAGAUGCGAUUCGCCACCUGGUUAUCAGAAGGGAGAAAGGAGAAAAUUAAGUUUGUGUCGUCUGCUGGACACAUGCUGGAAAAGGCAUUGGUCGUCACCAAACUGUUCUUGGAUGGUUCGGAGAAGUUGCUCUCGGAGGAUGUGUUGGUACCAUUCUUUAUUCAUGGCUGUGUUCUUAGGCAAAAUUGUGAGGGAGCCCACUCCCUUGGCUGAGAAGCAACCCCACACAUGAAUGGUCUCAGGAUGCUUAACUGUUGGCAUGACACAGGACUGAUGGUAGCGCUCACCUUGUCUUCUCUGGACAAGGUGUUUUCCGGAUGCCCCAAACAAUCGGAAAGGGGAUUCAUCAGAGUAAAUGACUUUACCCCAGUCCUCAGCAGUCCAGCAGAUGCACUCACACCUGCCUGCUGCCAUUCCUGAGCAAGAUCUCCACUGGUGGUGCCCCGAUCCCGCAGCUGAAUCAACUUUAGGAGACGGUCCUGGCGCUUGCUGGACUUUCUUGGGCGCCCUGACGCCUUCUUCACAACAAUUGAACAUCUCUCCUUGAAGUUCUUGAUGAACCGAUAAAUGGUUGAUUUAGGUGCAAUCUUACUAGCAGCAAUAUCCUUGCCUGUGAAGCCCUUUUUGUGGAAAGCAAUGAUGAUGGCACGUGUUUCCUUGCAGGUAACCAUGGUUAACAGAGGAAGAACAAUGAUUUCAAGCACCACCCUCCUUUUAAAGCUUCCAGUCUGUUAUUCUAAAUCAAUCAGCAUGACAGAGUGAUCUCCAACCUUGUCCUCGUCAACACUCUCACCUGUGUUAACGAGAGAAUCACUGACAUGAUGGCAGCUGGUCCUUUUGUGGCAGGGCUGAAAUGCAGUGGACAUUUUUGGGGGGGAUUAAGUUUCAUGGCAAAUAGGGAAUAUGCAAUUAAUUGCAAUUAAUCUGAUCACUCUUCAUGACAUUCUGGAGUAUAUGCAAAUUGCCAUCAUCAAAACUGAGGCAGCAGACUUUGUGAAAAUUAGUAUUUGUGUCUUUCUCAAAACUUUUGACAACGACUGUACACACCUAGACUACAUAGACUACCCACAAUAUAGACCUGCUAUUUUCAGACAAAAUCAACACACACUUCACAACCAACACAUCUACCAAGACAAUACACACAAUAUCAUAGACUUGUGGUCUCAUUUAUCAAACACUACCAACUGUACCUUUCCUUAAUAUCAGGAAGGUAGUAGCACUCUCAAACUACCAACUUUUUUCAACUUCUGUCUAUCUAUAACAUACAACUAGAUAGGUUGGUUCCCAACCUUUUUUGAAUCAUGGUUCACCUUGACAGGAUAAAACAUCCUGUGGCACACCUCAAUUUUUCCUAAUAAUUUAUUUAGUGGGAAUGGCCUCCAUCUCAUCUGAUCCAUACUGCAAAUCAUCCAUUUGCUGUGACGUUUAAAAAAAUCUAAAGAUUAAAUAGGGUUUAUUUAAACUAUUUUCAUAGUUCCUUACUCAUGAUGCUUAAUUUGUGUGUACCCAUUUAAAAGUGUCCUGCAAUUCUCCUAUAGAAAGAAAACUCUGGUAGGUCUAGAGACGAGAGGUUUUCUGCAUUGUAAAGGUGCAACCACAGAUUCAAAACCAUGCUCAGUUCGUUUCUUUGGCGGAGGCUGUUGUACUGCUAAGCCUCAUCAAACUUGCCUGUGCCAAUGCUUCUCACAGGAGAAGUAAAAUUAUAGAAAUGACUAUGCUCGUGAUGCGCGCCCCUCAAUUGAUACAAGUGUAAAAACAGCUCCAGCGCACCGGACUUGAAACAAUGAUACAGAUGUAACCAUGUGUGCCAUUCAAUGUAUUAUCUGAGCGGCACUGGUGCUCCCAAGUCAAAAUCCCAUGUUCAUUCCACAGGUCACAUUUAUAAGUGUGUUAUAACGGUGUUCAAAAAAAUUAUCAAGAUUAGGAAAAGUUUCGCGCCACACCUGAGAGAUCCUCAAGGCACACCAGUGUGACAAGGCACACCGGUUGAAAACCACUGACCUAGACUACUCACAAUUUGUACUCUUUCCAGACACCAACAACACACACUUCACGACACAUACAUCUAUCAUACAAAUACAAUGCCUAGUGAAAGUCUGCACACCCCUGUCACAAUUGUCAAAAAAACUCUGCCUUAAAAUGUAAUCUAAUAAGGGAUUUAAUUAGAUUUUUUUUCCUGCAGAUCUACACAACCUGCUUCACAUUUUCAAAGUAAAAGUUUACAACAUUUUCUAAAUUAAUAAAAACAAAAAACAAAGAUGGCUUGAUUGCGUAUGUCUUCACACCCCAGAGUUAAUACUUGGUGGGAGGACCUUUGGCAGCAAUUACAGCUGUAAUUAAUUUUGAAUAAGAUUUUUCCAUGACAUAGACUGACCAGGUGAAUCUAGGUGAAAGCUAUGAUCCCUUAUUGAAGUCACUUGUUAAAUCCACUUCCGUCAGUGUAGAUGAAGGGGAGGAGACAGGUUAAAGAAGGAUUUUUAAGCCUCGAGACAAUUGAGACAUGAAUUGUGUAUGUGUGCCAUUCAGAGGGUGAAUGGGCAAGACAAAAUAUUUAACUGCCUUUGAACGGGUAUGGUGGUAGGUGCCAUCGCACUGGUUUGAUUGUGUCAAGAACUGCAACGCUGCUGGGUUUUUCAUGCUCAACAGUUUUCCGUAUGUAUCAAGAAUGGUCCAGCACCCAAAGGACAUCCAGCCAACUUGAAACAGCUGUGGGAAGCAUUGAAGUCGACAUGGACCAGCAUCCCUGUAGAAAGCUUUUGACACCUUGUAGAGUCCAUGCCCCGACAAAUUGAGGCUGUUCUGAAGGCAAAAAGGGGUGCAACUCAAUAUUAGGAAGGUGUUCCUAAUGUUUUGUAUGCUCAGAGUAUAUCCUGUGUUUUUGUCAAAAUUGCUCAAGCGCAAUACAUUUGCUUGGGAAUAAUUAUUGGACAGCAAUAUUCUAACUUUUUCAAGCAGUUUUUGUUAAGCUAUGGUUAAACCCAGCACUCAGAGAAACAAAACACGACUAAGGGAGUGGAAGAAACAAAAAAUAUUUUAAUAAAAGUUCAAUUUGUCUUAGUCCAAAAACUACUGAAAAAAAGGAACAGAGUGGGCUAGUCGGCUCCGGAGGAAGGAGAGGCUGAGGCAGGCAGGCAGGCAGGCAGGCAGGCAGGCAGGAAGGCAUGUCUGAACUGAAGACAAAACAAACGACAGGUUAAGGAGAGUAAAGAGCCAGGCUGAAGACAAAGACAAUUUAACUCUACUGGUGAGCCAAGUUACCGCUCUAGUAAGAACAACGAUCUGGCGCCGGUGGAGAGCCAUGCCCAGGAAUUAGUAGCGCAGGUUGAUGAGAGAAUAGGAUGCAGCUGCGUAGGCAGGAAUCACUGGAAACAACCCGCAGCUGCACAGGAGAGGCAGAUCCUGAGCACGCCCCCCGAUCCACUCCAGACACACACCGGCAGACGCACCAACAUAAUGGGGACAAACACACAUACAGAUACAACAGACAAAGAGGGGACAAAAGAAGGAGGAAGGGAAACAGAAAAGGGAGAGACAAGCUGCCCACAUAACAGUUUUAAUGUCAGGACUGACAAACUCCACAGCCCCUGCUGGUGACAAGCAUACUGAUAACAUGAUGCUGUCACCACAAUACUCGAAAAUACAAAGGGAUCAACAACAUUGCAUUCACUCCACAUUACUGGCUUGUAUGGCAACUUGAAAACAAGGAAGCCUGUGUUAUUUUUUAUUUUAUUUCAAAUCAUCCAUUAUGUUUGCAAAAAGGCCCUUAAGUAAUACUGCAAGACAACAUGGAAAAUAAAUUAACUUUUUGGCUUAAAAUAAAAACUUCUGGUUUGGGACAAAUAAAAUAAAACAUCACAGAGUGAAACCCUUUGUAUUUUUAAGUAAUGUGGUGGCAGCAUCAUUUUAUGUGUAUGCUUGUCACCGACAGGGACUGAGGGGUUUGUUAGGAUCAAAAUAAAUAUGAAAGGAGCAAAGCCCAGGUAAAAAGCUAAAGGAAAACCUGCCUCAGUCAUCUGAAUACCUAACACUCGGAUAUAGUUAUAUUUUUCUGCGGGACAAGUACUCAAUUUGAAUACCAAAGACACACUAGAAUGACUUUCCAAUAGGUGUUGAGUGUUGCUGAGGGGUCCAGUCUCAGUCCUGACUUAAAUCUGCUUGAAAAUCAUAGGUUUGAAAAUUGCUGUCCAUCAAUGAUUCCCAAACAAAUUUACUGAGCUUGAGCAAUUUUGACAAAAACAAUGGAUAUAUGCUGCCCUAAGAGUUGUGCAGUGUCGGUAGAAUCUUAUUCAAAAUGAUUUACAGCUGUAAUUGCUGCCAAUGGUGUUUCCACCUAAUAUUAAGUGUUAACUCUGAGGUGUGAAGACAUACACGCUUGACUUAUUCCACAUUUUGUUGUAUUACAGCCCAAAUUCAAAAUGGAUUAAAUAGAUUUUCUUUCUCACCCAUCUACACACAAUACCCCAAAAUGGUAUUGUGAAAAGGUAUGUAUUUUUGCAAAUGUAUUGAAAAUGAAAUACAUAUCAAGGCUAAGACCCAGAUGCAGACACAGGAGGCGGAUAGUACGAGUCUCAGAGUUUAUUACAUAUCAAGGGGCAGGCAGGCAAAGAGUCGUAAUCCAAAUCAGAGUCAGACAGGUACAGGACGGCAGGCAGGAUCAAGGUCAGGAGAGGCAGAAAGGUCAGAACUGGGAAGUCUAGGAAAAACAAAAACUAGAGCACAGAAAACAUGGGAACAUGCUGGUAGGACUUGACGGGACAAGACGAACUGGCAACAGAAAACGCAGGUAUAAAUACAGUGGAGACACCUGGUGGGGGCUGAAGACAAGCACAGGACAGAUGAAACAGAUCAGGGUGUGACAAUACACAAAUAUCUCAUUUACAUAAGUAUUCACAUCUCUGAGUCAAUACUUUGUUGAAAAACCUUUGGCAGCAAUUACAGCUGUGAGUCUUUCUGGGUAAGUCUCUAAAGCUUUCCACACCUGGAUUGUGCAAGAUUUGCCCAUUAUUCUUUUCAAAAUUCUUCAAGCUCUGUUAAAUUGGUUGUUGAUCAUUGCUAGACAUCCAUUUUCAGGUCUUGCCAUAGAAUUUCAAGAAGAUGCAAGUCAAAACUGUAACUCGGCCCCUCGGGAACAUUCGGUGUCUUCUUGGUAAGCAACUUCAGGGUAGAUUUGGCAUUGUGUUUUAGGUUAUUGUCCUGCUGAAAGGUGAAUUAAUCUCCUAGUGUCUGGUGGAAAGCAGACAGAACCAGGUUUUCCUUUAUGAUUUUGCCUGUGCUUAGCUCCAUUCCAUUUAUUUUUUAUACUGAAAAACUCCCCAGUCCUUAUCGAUUACAAGCAUACCCAAAACAUGAUACAGACUUCAGUACAUUUUAGUAGACACUCUUAUCCAAAGCAUACAUUUUUCAUACUGGCCCCCCGUGGGAAUCGAACCCACAACCCUGGCGUUGCAAGCGCCAUUCUUUACCUAUUGAACUACAGGAGGCCCUACUAUGCUUGAAAAUAUGGUGAGUGGUACUCAGUAAUGUGUUGUAUUGGAUUUGCCCCAAACAUAAUAUUUUAUAUCCAGGACAAAAAGUUAAUUGAUUUGCCACAUUUGUUGCAGUAUUACUUUAGUGCCUUGUUGCAAACAUGAUGCAUGUUUUGGAAUAUUUGUAUUCUGUACAGGCUUUCUUCUUUUCACUCUGUCAAUUAGUAUUGUUGAGUAACUACAAUGUUGUUGAUCCAUCCUCAGUUUUCUCCUGUCACAGCCAUUAAACUCUGUAACUGUUUUAAAGUCACCACUGGCCUCAUGGUGAAAUCCCUGAGCGGUUUCCUUCCUCUCCAGCAUCUUCGUUAGGAAGGACACCUGUAUCUUUGUAGUGACUGGGUGUAUUGAUACACCAUCCAAAGUGUAAAUAAUAACUUCACCAUGCUCAAAGGCAUAUUCAAUGUCUGUUUUUUUCUGUUUUUUUUACCCCACCUACCAAUAGGUGCCUGUAAUUUUUUGCGAGGCAUUGGAAAACCUCCCUGGUCUUUGUGGUUGAAUCUGUGUUUGAAAUGUACUGCUCGACUGAGGGACCUUACAGAUAAUUGUAUGUGUGGAGUACAGAGAUUAGGUAGUCAUUCAAAAAUCAUGUUAAACACUAUAAUUGCACACGGAGUGAGUCCAUGCAACUUAUUAUGCAAUUUUUACUCCUGAACUUAACUUAUUUAGGUUUGAAUAUUUAUUGACUCAAGGUAUUUCAGCUUUUCAUUUUAAAUUAAUUUGUAAAAAUUCCACUUUGACAUUAUUGGGUAUUGUGUGUAGGCCAGUGACAAAAAAACAAACAAAUUUAAUCAAUUUAAAAUUCAGGCUGUAACGCAACAAAAUGUGGGAAGAAGUCUAGGGGUGUGAGUACUGUCUGAAGGCACUGUAGGCAAUCAAUACAUCCUUUAAUAAAUAUAUAUGAAAAAUGUAGACCUUUUUUCUAUACUUUUUCUUUCACUUUGAACAUGUGGAUCAGGUUGUGUAGAUAUGUAAUCCCUUUUUAGAUUUAAUUUUAAGGCAGUAAAAAUGUGAUAACUGUGCAAGGGGUGUGCAGACUUUCACUAGGCACUGUACAUAUUAUUCACCAACUUUAUUACACUCAACUUACUUUGCCUGUAAGAUUGCACGUCUGUUGAUAGAGACGAACUACACUCAGUCUCUCUCUUCGAAUUCUAUGGCUGUCUAUAGCAACACCAACAUUCUGGGCCACCCCCCUCAUGCCCUCUGUUCCCCACCCCUCCUCACCCCAGAUGAUCCCUCCCAUGCCGUGGGCUUGUGGAGACAACACCAUGAUGGAGAUGAUUGAGAAGAAGCGCAGCCUGUGUCGGGAGAUCAAGGCCCGCCAGGGGCCAGCAGACAACAGCCUGUGUAAGCAGGACAGCAUGCCCAUCUUGCACAGCUGGAGGAAGAGCAGCAACAGGACCAAGAAGUAUGAGGGCCCUCCCCCUUACUCCACACAGACCACCGUCUUCUGGGACACAGCUAUCUGA